GAGAUAUUUUGAUUUACAGCCCGUUGAGAGGUCAUGUGAUGUGAUGUGUGUUAUAUGUCAUCUAUUUCGGCCAUGUUUUCCGGUUUGAAGUUACAACAUCAUUGAGACCUCGUGCUUUAAGAUGGCGGGCUAGUUUCCUGAUAUAGUACCAACCAUUUAAUAUCAGAUUUUAAGUUUAAAAAAAUUUGAAUAGAAUUCACGUAUACUUCAAAUCGAUGAGCAACGUAUAAAGAGUAUUAAAAUGCUUUUAUGUUUUAAUGUUUCUAAUAUAUUUAAAAAGAAAACGGUGCGUUCUCAACUUAUCUGCAAUUCAGUUCUAUUGGUACCGUUUUAUUGACAGGAACGAUUAAAUGGUAAUAAGCAUACAUAACAUACAUACAUAAUACAAACAAAUUUAUUUUAUACAUAAUGUUAGGAAGUCUGAAAUGUCGAGGUUGAGCAAAUUCGAACAACAAUAAUUUAUUUAAUGAAAUAUCUCUUGGUCUCUUUGUUAUUUUAGGUUUAUGAAGAAUUUUUUUUUGUCAUGAAUUAAAAUUAUUUUUAGUUUAGUGUGUGUUUAUGUUUGUAAAUACUAUUUUUUAGUAUUUACCUAUCAGAGCAUAACUUGGAGUCUUAACAAAUUAGCAGAGCUGACAUUGAUAUUUAAGUCAUUAAUGACUUCAAACCUGUUAAAUUAAUUCCAAUAUCAGAAUUAAUCCAACACGGCAUUGAACCACAAACAUUUACUAUUUACGAAUUCUUAAUACGCCGUGAGGAUGAAGGUUGUUUGUUGACGGUUCUACGCGCCCCGAAUGCUCACGCUUUCCAGGGGUAUUCAACAUUUUUAUCGACUGAAUUUUGUUUUGACAAGCAAUAAACAGUAUGGAUCCUUCUAGUCCGCAAGCUCCCUUCGACUUAGAUAAAAUAAAUACGUGCGCUUAAGACAUACGAGUAAGAACAGAUAAACUCCAAAGCUAUUUAAAGUUUACUUAGUUAACGAAUACUCGUUUUCCAUUACCUUAUGAUACGAAAACGAUUCCCUUAAGCACCGUAUAAUUUACUGAUUUUGUUAAAAAAAUAACCUUUUUAUUAAUUACAUUAGAUGGUUACACUAACCCGUGACCUAUCAUCCAUUACGAAAUGGCGUGCAAAAAGUACGUGUAGAUAUCGAGCUGCAAAAGCCAGCCCUCAAAUACCUAUCAAGGUCCGUAAACAUCGCAAUCUCGAAAUCAGAAGUCAUUAUUAUAUUGUAUGAUUGAUUGAAUGUAGAUAUGUGUAUUUAUCAGUUACGCAUAUACCUACAUUAUUAAUGGAAAUAGAAAACAGAAAUACCUACAUACAGAAAUAUAUAUACUUACUAUGUAGUCCAGUGAAUUUUCAUGACAGUUCAAAAGAAUUUCAUCAGUUCACAACGUCUGACUUUCGGAACAACAUGAUUAUAAACUGUCCGCAAAUAAUUAACGACAGGCCACGCGUGGUUGCUUAACACGCGCCGUACAACAGCAGCCCAAACUAUAUCAAUUCUGUUCAGAAACAUUCAUUAGAUUGAACGAGUAAUAUGUCUUCGAAAUUCGUAAUAUUAUUAUUCAUAUCGGUCGCGUCGUCCGAAAUAACAGCGCCUGGAAUAGAUAGAAGUUAUAGCGAUGGUGUGAAGAGCGUAGGUUACAGUGUGAUAUACGGGGACGAGGACAUGACCAUCAUCAAUCAGGCAGUCAGCGAUGCUGAGAAAUCUAGUAUGCUGAAGAGCCGAGUGAAUUUAAAUGAAGCUAUAGCUCCCCUGCCCUCGCAGGACGUAAAAUGUUUAAUGUCUGUGGACCGUUACUGUUCAAAGGAAAUGUUGCAAACAAAAGGUCUGUUGAUUCAAGCCUUAAAAAACAAUUGCGAAAAAUGUACUCAAAAAGAGAAAGAAGUCGCGGGAAGAACAAUUGCUUCUAUGAUGGCACACGACUCCGUCGCUUGGAAAAUGUUCCUCACUAGGUCAGCAUUAUUAAGUAUUGCACGUAAGAAACGUGUCAAGAUUGAAGACGUAAAACUUAAAACAAAGGGGCGCCCAGAAGAAAUAACAUCUAAAAGCAAAUUCACGUUACCUGGGUUUAAUGUAAGAGUCAAACGACACGCGGCGGUGAAAAUAUAAAAAAAAAAUGUUACUAAUAUUUAUUUUUGGCUUUUUGUCAAUGUAAUAUAGUGUAAUGGUAUCUAGUACCCGUAAAGGAGCUUGUAUUCUUCAAAGAGUUCUUACUUUGAAAUAUUUCGCUAUUUAUUGAACGAGAUUUUUAUUUAUCUGUAAUAUUUAUUAAACUUUCAUCAUAUUUUAAUGCUUUUACAUGAACCUACUAGACAAAUUAAGAUAGAUAAGUUAUGAUUAGUUAUUAAUGUAAUAAUUUAAGAAAAAGUAAAAAUAUUGUUUUACGAUUUAAGUUUAUUUAGAGCCCUUGACGAAUAAAAUUAAAUUUCCAUUAUA